GCGGCUUCCAGCUCGUGAACUGUCAAAAAAUCAGCUGAUUGGUUUCAGCUGUCACAAACCAUAGUCAACAGCUCAAAAAUGUCAAUCGUAUAAGACAAUUAUUUUUUCUUACACUAUGUAUUCAAAUAAUGUGGCGUCUUAUUCCGGAGUAUACGAUUUUUCCCGUUUUGGACGCACGCUCACAACUGUUCCAAUUGUUGAGCGCACCUCUCCAGUUAGCGUUUUGCAUUCCAGUAAAACUAAUUUAGAUUCAAUAAGUCGAACCUCUUUGAACAAUGACUCUAUAUCAGCUAUGAGUUUACCUUUCAGAGAAGUGUAUAAAGAAUAUGCUAAUGAAAGCAGUACAGACAAUAAAUUGAAUAAUCAAGAAAAUUAUCGUAAAACAAAACAUGUUCAAUUAUUAGAAGGAAAUGUAGAUGACAGUUUAUUAUUUUCCUCUGGAAAUGUCAGACCAAAGUCAAGAUCAAAAACUUUGCUGACAAUAGGUGAUAUAAAAAAGUCUCUGAUAGAAAAUGACGGUCAGCCGGUAUUAUAUAAAAGCAUUUCAAACAACAAUGUGAAACUAGAAACUGUUCCCACAACCAAUGGCUCCAACAAUGCUCAAAACCACAAUGGUGCUAUUGAAAAUAUAAAAAAAGGUAAGAAGUCUCGGAAGAGAUCCAGGUCAUCAAUGAAGGUGAAAAAGGGCAGACUGGGCAAUCUACUGUCCGGUGUUCAGUCCGGUACAGACAGACAUUCUAUAACCUCAGUCUCAUCUCGGGGCAGUCACAUAGCUACUCCAAAUCGCGUCUCUAGUGAGCCACCGAGUAAGAUUGGCACUAAAGUUACCAGCACAGCUGUUCUGACGUUUGACCGGCAUGGCACUGGUAAUGGAUUUGGGCACAGCAAUCAUAGUCACACUGGUUUACCCUCCACUUCUAGACAAGUAACCUCCAUGUAUCCACCUAGUUCUUUUAUUUCCAAUAGUGCUAAGUCUAAUACCAGUGUAUCAGUGUGCAAUAACACACACUCAAGAUUGCACGUAAGAGAUGAACAUUUAAAUGACAAUGAUGAAGCUAACACUGUUGAUGGUUUGUUAAGCUUGCAAGCACAGGGUAAACCAAUAGUUCUUUAUAAACUCGAUGUAGCGCCUAGAAUUAGAUCAGCUUCAAGUAUUAAAUCUGAUUCAACCAUUAAGACUUUAGGUGGGAAAGAAACGAAAGAAAUAAUGGACAAAAAUACUGAGUUAACGCUCACUGCCUUCACAUGUGCUGUUCAACAAGCGAAAUCUCAAUCAAAUAAACCCACAAUCAAGUAUCAUAAUAGUUUAUCACCAACUGCCAAAGUGCUUUCAGACAAUGACUAUAAAUCUAAAGAAGCAGGUUUAGCUUCUAUAUAUGCUCCAGUCUUCCAAACAGCUGAUAAAGUAUCUGCCCAGGUAGAAGAACUGAAAAAAGUUAAAAAAAUAUUUCUGUCCGACAAGCAGUCCGGUACAAUCAGAGAAAGCGGAACAGAGUUUCCCUGCGCACCCCCAACCACACCCACUCCAGAUGUUCUAAGAAGACAUGAAUAUGUGCCAAGCAUGAGUGAUAUACGAUCUCAGCGGGCUGUGAAAGGUCGCCUGGCAGCAAUGGAGAAAGAAGCGCAAAAGAAAAGAGAAAAGCAGAAACAGGAAAAUGUGAAAAUGGAAAAACAGAUGGUCAAAGACAGAGAAAAACAGCUCAAGAUUAAACAGCGGAGAGAGAUAUACGCCCUUAACAAGAUCAUGACCGACCUGGAGUAUAAGAGAUUCCUGGAAUUCUGUCAAGCGAAAGGCCUUAAUAAAGUCUGAUGUCAAAAUACUCUAGAAUUAUUGUCAACAUGCCAUGUUUUCUCCUUUAAAAUGAGAUUUUGUCUGUGUAGAUGUGUUGUUUGUAUUUCAUAAAAAAGGUUGUUUGUAGCAUGUGUAAAAGGUUGUCUGUUGUAUAAAAACAGCAUUUUUUGUAGUAGAUGCCAAGCGUUAUUUGUAGUAGAUGCCAAGCAUUGUUUGUAGUAAAUGUACAACAUUGUUUGUAGUUCAAAUACAAUGUUGUUUGUAGUAUGUGUAGUAUGUGUACAAUGUUGUAUGUUGUAUGAAAACUACAUUGUUUGUAGAACAUGGAUAGCAUUGUUUGUAGUAAAUGUACAGCGCUGUUUGUAGAACAUGCACAGCGUUGUUUGUAAUGCUUGUAAAUCUUACAUUUUUAUUAUUUUACAAAAAUUAUACAUUUAGGAGGUAUUAUCAUACAUUGUAUGUCUCAUGUAGAUUCAGUUUCAUAUUCCAAUGUUGCCCGGUUUGAACAAUUUGCCAAAUUAAGACUUUUUAUCAUGCUUUUUGAAAAUUAUACAUAAGUUGAAGAAAAUUAAAUAAUAUAAUUGAGGUGUUAUCAGGAUGAUUGUUCAGACCUUGUUAAAGUUAACAACAUUGUUAACGUCAUUGUUGUUAACUUUCAAAUCUGUGUUGCUGUGACAGUUUUAUAGAUAUACCUGUGAUCUGCAGUAUUUCUUACAUGAUUGGAGACAACUGUUACAGCUGUACUAAUGUUUUAUUAAAAUAUAUAAUUAUGAAAUAUUUUACAUUUUAAAGUUAACAAUGAUGGCGUAAAUCAAAUUGUUAACUUCAACAAAGUUCUGAAGCUUUUGGUAAUUGUUUUUAAUAUCCUGUAGAACCAAGUUUUGUCUAUAUUAUCUGAUAUAUUUUCUUACAAAAAUGAAAGGAAUAUAUUUUCACUGUAUUACCAUAAGUACUUAAAUAUUUUUAUUAGAUAAACGCUACAUAUAUGCAAACAUAUAAUGUGUAAUAUGUGUUGCUUGAAAUGUUGAUUUUUUUCUCAUUUUUUUUUUAUUUUGAAGACAGUAAAACGUUUUGCCAGUUUUUUAGCGUUUAAAAUACAGUAUAUUUGUUAUAAAUUUCAUUUUUUAAAGCUUUUUUCAUUUCUAAAAUAAAAAUCAAAAAAACAUGCAGAAACUAGAACUAUUUAUUUUAUUUUUUCCAUAAAGUUAAUGAAUUCGAUUUCAAAUACUCGGUAUGUUUUGUAAUUAUUGUUAAAUGUAUAAGCUUAUCUGUGAUAAUUUUAGCAAUCUAGUGUUAUACACCUUUUUAUGCCCCCACAAAAAUGGGAGGGUGGGGGGGGGCGUAUAUAUUUGCCCUUGUCCAUAACUGAUUCCGCCCGUAAGUAUUUUGGGAACUUGUAUCACUCAAAACUCCAAAACUAUGGGUUUAGGGUUUCAAUUCCCACUGCAUUUGUUAGACCAGAGUUAUGGCCCUUGAAUUAAUAAAAAAUGGCAUUUCUAGUUUUGUGUCGCUUAAAAGGCCAAAAUUAUACCUACAGUCAUGAAAUCUUAAGGAAAUUUUACUGGGGCAAUGUGUGAAUCUGGGGUUUCAUUUUCCAUUGUGGACCUUAUAAUUUUGAUGCACAUUUAUGGAUAAUGGACAAAAUAAUGGCCCAUGCUUUUAUGACAAACAUUUUGGCAUAUGGAGGCAUCAUAGGACACAUUUCUAGUUUUUGUCAAAAUGGUUAAUUUUAUGUAUUUCAUAUCGUUUAUUUUCAAGUGUUUAUUUUCUGAACUAUUUGUUAUUUUCAUAAAUAUUCCCUGAUUACUUUUUGAAUUUUUAUUACAAAUUUUGGAAUAGCACAGUUACAAAGUUAAAAUGAAGUAAUUGAGAUUUAAACAUUUCCAUUAAAUUUUUACAUAUUCAAUAUGAUACUUAUAUCAAUGUACUUGUUUAUCAAAUCUUGGUAUUAUUUUUUUUCAUUCAAAUGAUACCUGUACUUAAGUAUUCAUUUUUACAUAUAUUUUUCUUUUUCUUGAUUUUGAUAAAGAUCUUAGUGGAUUCUGAAUAGUUUAUAAAUAUAAUAAGGGUUUAAAUCAUAGUUAAAUGUUUUAUUUGAGUACAUGUAGGUGUAUUUUCCCCUUUAAAGCUGCACUCUCGCUUAUUUGCCUUUGAAUGAGCCAAUAGUUGGGCAAAAAUUUGAAAACCAUGGAUAUAAAGCUGUCAACAACAGAUCAGAUCUCAAAUUUUCAAAGUUACAUUAAAAAAUUGAUGUCUUGUGGUUAAAAGCAUUACUACCACUUUAUAAAAAAAUCAAUUUUUCAGCUGUUUUCCAAACAGUUGAGUUCUGUUUCUAUGGUGUGUUAUCUAAUAUGACUAGAUGGUAGACCCUAAGGCCAAAAUCAUUCUGAUUCUGAGACAAAAUAUUUUGUUUUUUAAAAAUUGUCAGUCUGUGAGAGUGCAGCUUUAGAGUUAAGUAUAUAAUCUUGUUUGCCAUCCACAAUAUGUAUAUCAUUUUAAAACUGCUCUCUUACAGAUUGAAUGUUGUGACACAUUUUUUUGUCUUGGAACUAGGCAAUUUAUGCGAAAAUGCUUGUAAACCAUUCAUAUAAGACUGCUGAAAAAAAAAUUAGUCACAGAUUUUUCUACUUAAGUUAAAAAAAUGAUGUUUUGUGCAUUUUUCUAGUAACGCUUUAAGACAUAAAACAUUAGUUUUCUAACCGAAAUAUGAAAAUCUGUGAUCUAAUAUUUUGUCAGCAGUCUUUUAUCUCUUGUUUGCAGAUAUAUUAUGCAAAAAAAUCCUUAUUCCAAGACAAAAAAUAAAAAAAAGUUGUAAAAACAGUAAAUCUGUGAGAGUGCAGCUGUAAAAUCUUGUAAUUUGUAAAUAUAAUAUUUCUCAUAUCACAUAUUUGUUCUGUGGAUCUAGUCACUAUAAAACUUCUGUGAUUUUAGAUAUGGAUUUCAGGUUUGUAUUCACAAAAUAUGUAUUUUUACAGUGGUAUUUUUAUCUAUAAUUAUGUGAAAGUAUUUUUUUAAACACAUAUAUAUAUAUAUUUAUGUACACAAGUUUGUAAAUACAAGUAAAUUAAUGUGUUUUUGAAUUCCAUAUAAGCCAAAUUUAUGUAUUAAAAUACUUAAGAAAUGUUGAAAAAAGGAAGUCUGAAUUUGUGCUUGAGAUGUCAUGUUUAAAAAUAAGCUCCCUGAAAUUUUAAAUGCACCAACUACACUGUUUUUCUACUGAAAGAUGGCCCAAUAUAGUCUUAAGUAUAAUCAUGUGUAAAAUAUAUCUAAAUGAUUCGAUUUAAAGGGACUACACACCCGAUGAUACAGUUGCAAGAAAAAAAGAAAAUUGUCAAAAUCUUACAUAUAAUUGAUAUCAUACUCAUUGAAUUUUACUUACUGAGGUUUCUCAUAGCUUACAACAUGUUUUUUUUGCAUUUUUUUUUCGUAUUUUUCCAAUUAAAAUUUUACUGGGUUUGUCUACCACGUUAGUACCAGUAAAUUUAAAAAUAGCAUCGGUAUAUGUAUACUGUACUAAUCAUGUGACCUUUAGAUGCUAAAUAUACUCACUAUAAAUUCGGAAACCUUUAUGUGCUAUUUUUAAACAGGUUAACUCAGCUGACCAGAGAGAGAGAUUCUCGUAUUGACAAUUCUAGACUUGUUUUGGGGGAAAUACUGCUUUGCUGAUGUUGGUGCCAUCUGGUGUCUAAUCCCUUUAAGUGCGUCUUUGUGUUGUCAAACCUUUCAAAUGACAAAUGGUUGGCUUGAAAUUUAACCUUUUUUUUAUACACCUUGAUAUAUUCAUAUACAUAUUGUAUUUAAUAAACUAUUUCGUACUUUUACUCGUAUGUAAGCCUUUUCUACAUGUAGUGUAUUUUUGCUAACUGUGUUGAGUAUUAUAUGUUUUGGUAA